GGCGUCCGCACUCGCCGCGCCGCACGAGUUGCACUGCUCUGGCGGACCGGACCUGGACUCUAUAUAAAGAGCCCAUCUGCUCCGUAGCUCGCACGCUUCUCCCGGGCCGGCGCACGCCGCGUCCCUCCAGCUCCCCCAGACACCUGCCCCUUCCCAGUGUGCCGCGCCAGGUCCUCCAGACCCGCGCACCCAGUGGCAUGGCUCCGAGUGGCUCCCGUGGGACCAGGGUGGCGGUGGCGGCGGCGCGGCCCGAGCAGCCGCAACUCCAGCCCCCGUGUCUCCCCUUUUAUGGCUCCGUCUCCGCGGGGCAGCUCGUCCGAGUGGCCAGAGAGUGAAAAGAGAGGGAGGGCAGAGCUCCGGCGCGAGGCGCGGCGCAGCGCUGCUCCUAGACUUCACCCCACCCAGCUCUGGCGGCCGCUGCAGCCCCCCAAAAGUGCCCCAGCUUGGGGCGAGGGGUGGGAAUGCAAGAUCUCGGGACCUCUCGCUGGCCUGCAAGCUUUGGUCUCUACACCUAGGAAACUCCUGUGGGCAAAGUCUGCAGAUCCAAAAGCGUCCAGGUUAGGAGACGCUCAGCCUCAAGCAACUGGGGUAAGAGAUCCCAUUUGGUCAAAGCCUUCUCCUCAAGCAGUACUUCACCCUCCUGCACUAGACGCCUCCAGGGAGCUGGAGCGGAGCAGGGCUCGGUGGGCCAGCUCUUAGCAACCCAGGGCUAAGACCCGGUGUGGAGAGGAACAACCACAGACGCGGCGGCUUCGCUAGGCGCUCUGGAAGUGCAGGGGAGGCGCCCGCCUGCCUUGGCUGCCGCACCCAUGACCUCUAGUUUCAGCUGUGAACCUGGGCGGAGGAAUAAUUGAGGAACUCACGGAACUAUCAACUGGGGACAAACCUGCGAUCGCCACGGUCCUUCCGCCCUCUCCUUCGUCCGCUCCAUGCCCAAGAGCUGCGCUCCGGAGCUGGGGCGAGGAGAGCCAUGGAGGAACCGGGUGCUCAGUGCGCUCCACCGUCGCCCGCGGGCUCCGAGACCUGGGUUCCUCAAGCCAACUUAUCCUCUGCUCCCUCCCAAAACUGCAGCGCCAAGGACUACAUUUACCAGGACUCCAUCGCCCUACCCUGGAAAGUACUGCUGGUUAUGCUAUUGGCGCUCAUCACCUUGGCCACCACGCUCUCCAAUGCCUUUGUGAUUGCCACAGUGUACCGGACCCGGAAACUGCACACCCCGGCUAACUACCUGAUCGCCUCUCUGGCGGUCACCGACCUGCUUGUGUCCAUCCUGGUGAUGCCCAUCAGCACCAUGUACACUGUCACCGGCCGCUGGACACUGGGCCAGGUGGUCUGUGACUUCUGGCUGUCGUCGGACAUCACUUGUUGCACUGCCUCCAUCCUGCACCUCUGUGUCAUCGCCCUGGACCGCUACUGGGCCAUCACGGACGCCGUGGAGUACUCAGCUAAAAGGACUCCCAAGAGGGCGGCGGUCAUGAUCGCGCUGGUGUGGGUCUUCUCCAUCUCUAUCUCGCUACCGCCCUUCUUCUGGCGUCAGGCCAAGGCCGAAGAGGAGGUGUCGGAAUGCGUGGUGAACACCGACCACAUCCUCUACACGGUCUACUCCACGGUGGGUGCUUUCUACUUCCCCACCCUGCUCCUCAUCGCCCUCUAUGGCCGCAUCUACGUAGAAGCCCGCUCCCGGAUUUUGAAACAGACGCCCAACAGGACCGGCAAGCGCUUGACCCGAGCCCAGCUGAUAACCGACUCCCCCGGGUCCACGUCCUCGGUCACCUCUAUUAACUCGCGGGUUCCCGACGUGCCCAGCGAAUCCGGGUCUCCUGUGUAUGUGAACCAAGUCAAAGUGCGAGUCUCCGACGCUCUGCUGGAAAAGAAGAAACUCAUGGCCGCUAGGGAGCGCAAAGCCACCAAGACCCUAGGGAUCAUUUUGGGAGCCUUUAUUGUGUGUUGGCUACCCUUCUUCAUCAUCUCCCUAGUGAUGCCUAUCUGCAAAGAUGCCUGCUGGUUCCACCUAGCCAUCUUUGACUUCUUCACAUGGCUGGGCUAUCUCAACUCCCUCAUCAACCCCAUAAUCUAUACCAUGUCCAAUGAGGACUUUAAACAAGCAUUCCAUAAACUGAUACGUUUUAAGUGCACAAGUUGACUUGCCAUUUGCAGUGGGGUCGCCUAAGCGACCUUUGGGGACCAAGUUGUGUCUGGUUCCACAGGCAGGAUCUUGCUAUGUUGCCCAGGCUGGUUUUGAACUUCUGGCCUAAAGUGAUCCUCCUGCCUUGGCCUCCCAAAGUGCUGGAAUUACAGACGUGAGUCAUCAUGCCCAUCCUCCUAUUAUCUUUUUAACAUUUUUGCUUUCUUU